CUAUAUAAUUAAUUUGGAAUAAAUUAUGCUUUUGGGCGCUGUCUUAUACGUUUACAAAGGUGAAUGGGGUUUGCCUUCUAUAGAUUUGGAGUGUUUGCGCGUUUUGUGUUUAGUUAAAUUCACACGUUUUCCUGUAAUAAUUGAAACAUGUGGGAAUCCUUUACGUUCAGGUGCCGGAAAAUUGCCGUAUCUACAAAUUGGCAUUCAGAAAUUUGUUGGCUAUAAGCAGAUAAAGCAAUUACUGGAUAAAGAGAACUACGCCAUAGAUGCAAAAUUGCCAAAAAAGGCAAAAUGCCUUUCGCAAACAUUUACUACCUGGGUGUUCAGCAAUCUUAACGCUUAUUAUUAUUACUUUUUGUACGGCGAUCCCAACAACUAUGAAAUAACUAGAAGUUUAUAUGCCAAACGUACACCAUUCCCGUUUAACUUCUAUUAUCCUUCUUCGUAUCAGAAAGAGGCCCAAGACAUAAUCUUAGUUAUGGGAGGAUUUGAUAUAAAUGAUAAAUUGGAAGCUCAUGACAGAGACUAUCUGAUUAGUAAAGCGAAAAAGUGUGUAACCACUUUGUCAAAACGUUUAGAUAACAAAAUUUGGUUUUUCGGCGAUGAUUUCAGUGAAUUUGAUGCAAUUGUUUAUUCGUAUUUGGCGAUUUUAUAUAAGACAAACCUGCCUAAUAAUCCAUUAAGUAAUCAUAUAAAAGGCUGCGGGAAUUUAGUGAAUUUCAUUAACCGAAUAUCACGUGACAUCUUCCAAAAGGAAUCAUUUAAUUCGAUAAAUACAAAUAAAGACGGAGUCGAUCCUAAUGAUCCCUUAUUAACUGCUACUGAACGCCAGUUCCUAGAAUCUGAAAAGAAGACUAAAAUUUUAGCUGGUAUUGGAGCGGUACUCGCUAUGAGCGCGUUUGCUGUGUGGCGCGGUUUCUUUAAAAAGUUUUCCAGCGCUCGACAAUAUUACGAUGCAUAUAACACUGACGAUAUGAUGGACGAAGAAAUGGAGUGAAUAAAGCAACAAAACUCCAAAGAGUAUUUGUUUCCAAAACAGGAUGGCCGUUCAAUUAGCUUUGGUUUAAAUUAAGCCGAUAUAUACAUUAUAAAUUUCUUAUAAUAAUUUUAAUUUUUAGAGCCAUUUUUGGCAGCAUUUACUUA